GUGCGAAGCUGACGAGUACCUGUUGGACGACCACGACCUCGCACCGACCUUCCCAGAGCCCGAGCAGUCGAUUCAUAAACUCAGGGAGUAUGUGGACACCACGAAGGAGGACAUCAUGCGUGCGUUCAACGGUGUCAAAGAGCAGUUCAACUCCGUCGGCACGACGGUCGCGGAGUCCAUCAAAGAUUGGGUCCAGGACGCGAAGCUCGAAUCUAUCGAGAUCAUUGGCGGCCCCGUGGCCAGGAAGUUCGACAUCCACUUCGCUG